AUGACCGCGACUUCCUUCCUGUGGCCGCUUCUGGCUCUGGCCUUCGCCAACAAAGCUCUCGGUCAAGCAAGUGUGACAGAAUGCCCCGGAUACAAAGCGAUCAACGUCGAAGAACGGUCUCGUGGACUGACUGCGGAUCUGACCCUUGCGGGUGCGGCGUGCAAUUCUUAUGGAACCGACAUUGAGAACCUGAGGCUUGAGGUGGACUAUGAGACUGACCAAAGACUUCACGUCAAAAUCUACGACGCAGACGAGAAAGUCUACCAAGUCCCCGAGUCUGUUUUCCCCCGACCCUCCAUCGACGACCAAGCCAGUACCACCGAAGGCACUCCGGAUCUCAAGUUCACCUACGAUGAGAACCCAUUCUCCUUCGCAGUCUCUCGAGUCAGCAACGGUGAAACCCUCUUCAACACCUCAGGGCACAACUUGAUCUUCCAAUCCCAAUAUGUGAACCUCCGAACCUCCCUCCCGCAGAACCCUAACCUCUACGGACUCGGCGAGCACAGCGACCCUCUUCGCUUGAAUACCACCAACUAUACUCGUACGAUCUGGAAUCGGGACUCUUAUAUGAUUCCUGCGGGAACAAAUCUCUAUGGGGCUCACCCGGUGUACAUAGACCACCGCGGUGAGAAAGGGACGCACGGGGUGUUCCUGUUGAGCUCCAACGGCAUGGAUGUCAAGAUUGACCAGGACUCUGGUGGGGAGCAAUACUUGGAAUACAACGUUAUCGGCGGUGUUAUCGAUCUUUACGUCUUUGCUGGCCCCAGCCCUAAGGAUGUGAGCGCGCAGUAUGCACAGGUUGCCGGACUACCGGCCAUGGUGCCUUACUGGGGUUUCGGAUUCCAUCAAUGCCGCUAUGGAUACCGAGAUAUUUACGAAGUCGCCGCGGUAGUCUAUAACUACAGUCAAGCGAACAUACCCCUCGAGACAAUGUGGACUGAUAUCGACUACAUGGACCACCGCAAGGUCUUUACGCUUGACCAGGAGCGUUUCCCUUUGAAUACAGUCCGUGCUUUGGUGGAUUACUUGCACCAAGGCGACCAGCAUUAUAUUGUCAUGGUUGACAACGCGGUGGCAUCUUCUGACAAUGGCGCGUUUGAUCGGGGUGUAGAGAAAGACGUCUUUUUGCGGAGGCACGAUGGUUCGUUAUACGAAGGCGCUGUCUGGCCGGGCGCAACUGUCUUUCCCGAUUGGUUCCAUCCGAACGCGUCCGAGUACUGGAUCAACGAGUUCGCACUGUUCUUCGAUCCCGAGACGGGGAUUGAUAUUGAUGCUCUGUGGAUUGACAUGAAUGAGGCGGCCAACUUCUGCGACUGGCCCUGUACCGACCCUGUCGCCUAUGCAGAGCAGAACAAUCUCCCUCCUGACCCGCCGGCUACCAGGCCGAAUCCGUAUAGCCUUCCAGGCUUUCCGACAUUAUUCCAGCAAGGGAUCACCAGUGAUGACAGCAACAGUAGCAUCAAGAAAAGACGAGCUGCUGUUACCGCCAGGCAAGGGCCGGUUAACAAGGACAAUGGCAGUGGCAAGAGACUAGGUCUGCCGGACCGCGACUUGAUUGAUCCGCCAUACAAGAUCGAAAAUGCAGCUGGAUCGCUGAGCAACAAGACGAUAGAUACAGAUCUUUUUCAUGCCAAUGGGCUUGCGGAGUACGAUACGCAUAACCUGUAUGGGACAAUGAUGAGCUCACUCUCCCGAGAGGCUAUGCUCAACAGACGCCCCGAGAAGCGACCCCUGGUGAUAACACGCAGCACCUUUGCGGGUGCGGGAACCCAUGUUGCCCACUGGCUCGGUGACAACGUCAGCACAUGGGCAAAAUACCGCGUCUCGAUCUCGCAAAUGCUCGCCUUCGCAUCCAUCUUCCAAAUGCCCAUGGUCGGCUCGGACGCCUGCGGGUUCACCGGCAACACCACCGAGGAACUCUGCUCUCGCUGGGCAAUGCUCGGCGCAUUCAACCCGUUCUACCGCAACCACAACGAGUACGGAAUGAUACCACAGGAAUUCUACAGAUGGGAGUCCGUCGCUGAAGCAGCGAGGAAGGCGAUCAGUAUCCGCUAUGUCCUGCUCGAUUAUCUAUACACGGCAUUUUAUAGGCAAACGGUAUCCGGGGAGCCGUUCUUGAUGCCGAUGUUCUUCGUCUACCCGAAUGAUACCAAGGCUGCCUUGAUCGAUCUGCAGUUCUUCUUCGGUGAUGCACUGCUUGUCAGUCCUGUUACGGAGGAGGGCAAGACGGAGGUCGAGGCCUAUUUCCCGGAUGAUCUGUUCUACGAUUGGUAUACGGGUCUCCCACUCCGUGGUAAAGGGGAGGUUGUGACGAUCAAGGAUGUUGGGCAUGCUGAUAUACCGCUGCAUGUGCGCGGAGGCAGCAUCAUUCCUGUGCGCACGGGCAGUGAGGGGUGGAAUACGACGGCUCAACUGAGGAAGAGCGGGUUCCGGCUUGUUGUUGCGCCGGGGCUUGAUGGGAAGGCUGAGGGGAGUUUGUAUAUCGAUGACGGAGAGUCUUUGGAGCAGGCUGCCACGGUGGACGUCAAGUUUACCUAUGACAACGGGCGGUUGAGCGUUGACGGGACUUUCAUGCGGCAGACGGACGUGCGCAUCGAGGCUGUCAAGGUCCUAGGAGAGGAAGUUGUCGAGCAAGCCAUUGACCUACCUCCUACUGGGCUAGAAUUGAUGCCGAACUUUAUGAGUACAUACUACCUAGUUCUCAAUACAAACUUCCUCCUUCCGGAACCUCCUGGCCUUGACUCCCCUCUCAAACAAGAUAUCCAUCUCAGCAAAAGUUCUGUCCUUGCUCUCGGGCAAUCUAGCAUAAGCCCACGCAAACAAAAGCACCGUAAUCCCACCCCAGAAGAACCCACUCGCCGCUUUUGUCCCAGAGAGCGACGUAAACCCAACGGAGAAGAGGAUGACAAUCAGACUGAAAAGACCGGAGACGUACAGACUGCGCCGGCCACACCGGGACAUCAGGACCCACGAGACCAGCGUCCCGACGAUCCCGCAUGCGUAUUGGCCGAGCGACAUAUUGAAGGACUGCGAUACGGACAGGCCGGCCUGCUGAUAGAAGUAUGUCGAGUAGCCCAUGAAGCUGGAGCCGCAGAGGGCCUGGAUGGCCCAUGUCACGCAGGUGAUCUCGGUGCGGCGCGCGUUCGUGCCGCGGAAGCAGGAGAGGUAGGAGGGGGAUUCUUUGGCCGCGAGAUCGGACUCCAUUUUGACGGUGUACAGCAUCAAGGACAGGGUCGCUUCGGUCUUGUCGUCUUCUUUCGGGUUCUCGGUUGUGGAGGUGGAGGUGGAAGCAGAGAGACGGGCAAGCACGCCCCGCGCCUCGUCCAUCUUCCCCCGUCGCAACAACCACCACGGACUCUCUGGCCCCACGCACACAAUCACCAGGAUAAACGGCAGCCACACCCACUGCAGCAUGAAGGGCACGCGGUAGCUCCACUCAUCGCCGCCAUCGGGGUUCAUCCGCAGACACCCCCGCAGCACCCCCGUCGCCACCAACUGCCCAACCACCCAGCACAGAUUCACGUACGUCGUCAGAUACCCCCUCAGCAGGACGGGACACACCUCCGCCGCGAUCUCCCCGACCAGCAGCGUCGGCAGGUUCGGCGCAAAGACCAGGAUGAAGAUGAAGCCGCCCAGCGCCAGGGACGCGCCGAACAUCAGCCGCCUGUACCCUGUCUUCUCGAUGACCAGGCCCGUGAUGAACAGGCCGAGGAUUUCGCCGACGUAUGCCCCGUUGCUGAGCCCGCUUUGCCAGGACGCGGAGAGCUCGUACCGCGAUACUGUCGUCUCGCCUGUGGGGGUUUGCGUGUACACGGGGGACCCGUACUUGGCGACGAACUGGGGGAAUGCGAAGAAGGAUUGCAGCAGGGUUGUGUCGUACCCUUCCAUUAUGAUGGCGAGGGAGAAGAGCAUCGACCACAUCACCGCUGUGCGGUAGGUGCGGAUGCCCUCGCGGAAGCCUAG